GGAAGAUAAGCGCCCUUACUAAAGACUGGCAGAGAAUUUUCCACAUCGGUAGUACAACAGAGCAGCAGACCAUGUCAAAAAGCGAUGAUUUUAUAUUCCGGCGUGCCCAAGUGGAGGACAUCAAAGAUGUCUUAGCCAUGAUCCAGGAACUGGCGGACUUUGAGAAGAUGAGCAAUGGCCCACAGCUGACUGAGGCUGAUCUCAUACGUGAUGCAGGACUCUCAGGUGAACAGGAAUACUGUGAAGUCUAUGUGCUCAUAGACAAUGCCAACAACCUGGCCAUUGGCUAUUCCAUUUGCUACAAGGCAUACUCCACCUGGCAGGGACGCUAUUUCUUCGUGGAGGACAUCUACGUGAAGCCGGAGCACCGCAAGCGCGGCGCUGGCAAGCGCAUCUUCCUCGAGGUCUCUGCGCGGGCCGUGGAGCUGAAGUGUCCUCGGUUGGAGUUCAAUGUGCUCGAGUGGAAUCCCGCUCGCAAAUUCUACGAGAGCUUGGGCGCCGUAGAUUUGACCGCUCGAGAGGGCUGGCACUACUACCGCGUGGAGCAGCAGCAGCUGGCCAAACUGGCCAACGAUUUGUCUUAGUUUUAUGUUGUUUUUGGAGUUUUUUUACUUUUAUAAUACAUAUAAAUAAUAAUACUCUAUGGCCUGGGGCAUAGAUGCUAUAGAAAUAUCCAUAA